AUGGGCUGGGUAUACCAUGCCUCUCCGGAGCUACAGGCCGCGUCCGAGUACCCAAAAAUCAUUUCAGUGUCCAUUGCAUUGACCCUGCUAAUGACAUUGACCGUGUCAACUCGUAUUGCAGUCCGUUGGGCACACCAUCGGACAGGUCCUGAUGACUAUAUAAUGGCCGUGGCGAUGUUGUUCAGUAUAAUCUACAACAUCCUUUGCAUUGUUCAAACGAGGUACGGGCUUGGUCUACCUUUGGCUGUGAGGCCAAAGGCCUCUCUGAGUACAUACACCAAGGUCAAUUUUGCCGGUCGACCAUUCUACCAAUUUGGCAUCGGACUUUUCAAGCUGGCUCUAUGUGUCAGUUACCUACGGCUCUUAUCUGGCACAUCGAAACGGGUUUAUAAGAUUAUCAUCAUAACUGUUGCCACAAUUUCGACAUUGGGACACCUUGCAUGGACAUUGGUUCUUAUCCUUAAUUGCAACCCGGUCAGCAAAUCAUGGAUUCCAUCUGAAUCUGGCACCUGUCUACCAUUUGGCCCCACCAACUAUGGUAUGUCUGGGUUCUCAAUCGGCUGCGACGUCGUCACAAUCCUCUUACCCAUCCCUGUUCUACUGGAGUUGAAAGUGCGACCAGCACAGCGCGCCGGUAUUAUCGCCCUCUUCUCUCUGGGCUUUUUCACGACCUUUUGCUCCAUAAUGCGAAUGGAGCAGAUCAAGGUGAUUGCGUACGGGAACGGAAACUCAACCAUGCUGGUGCUCUGGGGUACAAUUGAGUUCAACGUUGGCAACUUUAUCACAUCGAUCCCGUACUUGGCUCCGCUCUUCAGACGCUGGGUAUCCGACUUUGGCUACCGUAUGGGCUACGGCAGCCGAUCACACACAGCGCGAACCACAGACCAAUACGCAUUGCAAAGCUAUGGAAAGAACAGCGUCAAGUCUAGAGCCACUGGCGAUCAUCUAUCGUCAGUGGUAACAAAGCGAGGCGUCGUUCGCACCCCAAGCGAGGAACUCAUCUUAGGCGUAGGCGAGCCUGGACCGAACGAAAUUAUGCGGACCACAGAAUACCGGGUCGUGGUCGACGAGGACAAAAAUAUUAGGAGUUACAACAACUAA